CCCUCCGGGCGAUAGGAGACCGAUAUGAUCUACAGGGGCAAACGCCGUUGGGUCAUAGGAAGGCAAAUGGGACAACGCGUCCUUUCAUAUGCGGCCAAGGGUCCCUGCAAGUGAUCAGGCAUAAGGCCAAAUGUGAUAUGUGCAUAUGGAUGCGGAUGCCUGGUUCAUAUAACUGGGUUCUGAUGUGUGCCAAUCCGGCUUGCGUGCUUCUUACGCACGCUUCUUGUUCCGUCUCCAGCUCGUCACUACCACUGACUCGGCAGCGUGUCUGUCGAUAGCCUUUCUCGGUACUUGGUUCCUAUUAAGAGCCGGCUCGUGCCCACCAUCACGUCUAAUACUCGAGGAACUUCACGGAAGUCGACGCCACGCACGCUGCGCUUGCCAGCUGGGAAUCGCCACCGGCGCGAAGGUAGGCAGCAGUUGCCUAGAAGAGAAUAAAGGCAGUGAAUAUUUGGGUUCGACGCUCUAGGGCCGACUGAUCCCUUGUUGAGAUCCCUCUUACGUUGCUUUCGUCCUCGUCCUCACUCUGCUCUCUACCGCUUCAGCCUCUGCAUACACAGAUCACGCCUCGUUUGAUGCCGCCACCGUUUGACCACGAAAUGGAGUUCGACGACGACGACGGCAUGCCGCCCCUGGUGGACAAUCCCCUCCCGCCGAUGACUUUUACCUUCGCCGCGGAUCUACCACCCAUCUCGUACAACCAUGAAUUCGCUAUGUCCGAGUAUGCACCUGAGGGUCUUGCGCCUGACAUGAAUGUGUACUCGCCUCAAGACACGACCAUGCCCGACCUGCCUCGUGGCUCACACGCCAAGAAGCGCGACGCAUCCUACAUCCCGCGUCCUCCCAACGCCUUUAUUCUCUUCCGCUCCUCCUUCAUCAAGGGCGGCCACAUUCCCGGCGAAAUCGAGGGCAAUCACAGUGCGCUCUCCAAGAUCAUCGGCAAGUGCUGGAAGGCUCUCCCGCGCCAGGAGCGCAAGGUGUGGGAACAGAAGGCGAUCGUCGCUCUCGCUGAGCACCGCCAGAAGUACCCCGACUGGAGGUUCAAACCUGCGGCGAAUGCGCUAGCGAAGGUGAAGGAUGGACCACGGAAGAGAGGGAAUCGGAAAGGUCGAGGGCAGUCGGAGAAAGAAGAACGCAGUCGCGAGAAGAGGUGCGCCAAGAUUGCCGAUUUACUCGUUGCGGGGAAGACUGGGUCAGACCUCGCGGCUGCAGUCGAGCAGUACGACUGCGAGACGAGCAGGGGCCGCAGGCCCAAGGACGAGGGCCCCACGGAAGGCGUGGCUCUGUCGAUGAUGCAGAGCCAGGGCGAGAUACGCGACAUCCACUCCGCAGAUGCAGACGUCAAGGUCCGCUCCGUGGUGGGAUCCGACAUGCCCCAUACCCCGACCCUUACCAUCGCGACGGAUGGCUUGGAUGUGAAGCCGCUGGCUACACGCUCCGCCGUGGAUGGGCGGUUCAAGGUACCUCUCACCGCGAUGUUCAAACGUUCCUCGUCCGCGCCUGCCCCCCGCGCUCGCACUCCGACUGGCGGACCUCGUGCCCUUCUGAGCCACCGCCGUGACUCGUUCAGUGCAGGCCCGCCUCUCUUUACACGCGCGGCGAGUUUCGACGGCAGUGGGGUCCCCCCCGAGGAAAUUUUGGCCAUCCAACCUGACAGUGGCGCAGAACGCGAGGGCACAGGGCACGCUUCCGCAGACAGCGUGUCUUCCAUCCAGACGUUCAGUUCCGAUGUCAAUGACGCCGGUUUGGACGCCUUCGGGUUCGCUGCGAGCAACCUCUCGAGCCCCCACCUCCCCGCGUUUGAGCGCGACGCCGAAGGGUUCAACAGCCCGUUACAGUCUCCCAUCGCGACUCCCGUAAUGUUUAGCUGGGGUCACGAAUCCGAUAUCGGCACUCCGACCAGCAUCUCGGACAUGAUGGGCGAGGCGUACGCGCCCGCGCCUUCUCCCUCGUCGUAUUCCUCUCUGGAGGGCUGGGCUGGGAGCCCCCUGCCAAAAUUGGCGUCGCCGAUCAGCUCUCCCCUCACGAAGGUUUACCAUUACGUGGACGGCACCGAUUCUCCCAGCGUCAUGAAGAAGGCCUUUGACGCCGCGGCGUGCGCCGCUUACGACUUCAGCAACGAGUCUUUCGGACACGGUGACGGAUUUGGCGCGGUCGGCCCCGCACACACGGCGCACUAUACUUGGGGCUCAGAUGCACCAUUCAUCACCUACGCCUUCCCGGUCGUCCAGUGUCGCCAGGACGACUUCUAAUUGUGUCGGGAUCAGGACCGCCCUCGUGCUCCCCAAUGCACGCCCCGGUAGGUUCGGUCGAAUGCACUGUAUUGAUUCCGAUUCAUCCUAGCAUCUCUCUCUCGAACGCACCUAUUCCACGUUGUGCAUGCGCAUGCACGUCCUUAUGUUGUCCUCUAUGCCUACCGCCCUCCGUCAUUCGCAUUUCCUCAAUCCUGACUGGGUGAUUCAACUCCCUAGUCUGUCUUCUUAGCUGUGAUUUCUUCAUUCUGCCUCAAUAUACGCUUCCCUUCCUUGUCCCUGUUGUACGAUAUUUUGUACCCGAGGACGAACCAUUCUCGGUGAUAGGCCUGGUGAUCCAUGCUGUCAUCGCUUCGUAGUCCUCCAGCGGUCUCGUGUCUUGUGGCGUCUCCCUAUUUUCCAUGUAUUCC